AUGAACUCACCGCGUGCUAUUUUUCUUUGUUUUGCCGAAUCAGUCCUGGCGGAUGACGAUGUUGCCAACGGCGGCGUAGAUGAUCAGUACAGUGAGGAAUCAGCGACGAAGAUCGAAGUGUUGCAACGCGAACGCAAUGAAUUGGUGAACGAGAACGCCACGAGGAAGGAGGAGAUCAAGAAGCUAACGGCGGAGCUCGACAUUUUGCGAAGAGACGGCGCGACGAAUAGUGAGAAGAUCGAGGAGUUGCAGCGAGAGGUGGCGCAGUCGCGCGAGGUGGUGAAGGCGGUCGAGAUAACUGCGAGGGCAGCGGACCUGGAUACGCACGUAGGCGAUUUGAUGUCGGAGAUGGCUGCGGCGGAGGAGGCGAGGGUGGAUUUGGUUGAGUCUCUGGAGAAGGAACUGACAUCUUUGAAGAAGGAUGAGGUUAGGAUUAGGGAUUUGGAGAGGAAGAUUGGAGUUCUAGAAACCGAGGAAAUUGAGAAAAGGAACAAGAGGAUUAGGUUCGAGGAGGAGAUGAGGGAUAAGGUUGACGAAAAGGAGGAAGAGAUCAAUGGUUUCAAACAGAAGUUGCUGAAAUUUGAUACACGGUGCAUUAAAUUAUAA